GGGGUUCGGGGGGUUCGGAGGGUUCGGGUUGUGGGUCCGGGUUGUGGGUCCGGCCGUGGAUACGGGACCGGGGCUGGGACUGACCCAGUGUCGGCACAAACAGCCUCAAUUCAUCCAGCACGAACCCGACCCGGUUUAACGCCCCCCCCCCAUCGCUGCCCACCCCACAAUCAGCGGCUCAAUGGGGCGGGGGUCCCCCAGCCCAGCACUGACCCCAUGGGGACCCCGCCCCCCCCUCACGGUCCAUUGUGUCCCAUGGGGGGGGGGCGGUUCGAUGCCGUCAGCGCCCGGAUCCUUCCCGGCUUUUGUGCCCCACACAAUGGGACGGGGCGGCAGCGGGACACGGGGGGGAGGGACAGGGGGACAGAGGGACAGAGGGACAGAGGGACAGAGGGACAGGGCCAGGCUGCCAUCAGACGCUGCACCUCUUUGGGUCGCCGUUCGGGUUCUGCUGCUGCUGGCGGUUCUGGCUGCUGCUCUGGGUUUCCUUAUGGGGCUGUCGGCGGCUGGAGCCGCUCGGAGGGAGCAGGGACGAGCGGCUGGGAUCAGUAUGGGGCUGGCUGGGCUGCUGGCGCUGCUGGCUCUGUCCCUGUGCUCGGUGGUGACACGGGGCAGCGCCUGGAGCUUCUCCUGGUCCUACAUCCUGGGCUGGGUCGGCGUCGUCCUCAUCAGCUCUGCAGGGCUCUUCCAUCUCUGUGCUGCUGCAAAGGACCCGACCCCAGAGAGCUCUGAGUCGGGGGGAGGAUGAGGGGUGAUGGGACCCCCAAACUGCUCCCCCCACAGCGCCCCAUCGGAGCGGGGCUGUGCAGUCACCAUAACCCUAAACCUAACCCUAAACCUAACCCUAACACUAACACUAACCCUAACACUAACCCUAACUCCAGCCCCAAUCCUAACCCUAACCCUAAACCCCAAUCCU